AUGCAUUUUUCCAACCAAACCAAUAAUAAAGAUUUUGUGAUUCUUGGACUGUUAAACAUUCCGGAUCUUGACAUCCCUCUCUUUGUUGCUUUCUUUCUUAUUUUUUUAGCAACCAUCAUUGGAAAUCUAAUAAUUUUAACUGUGGUGUGGCUAGAGAGAGCUCUUCAUACACCAAUGUACUUUUUCCUUACCAACCUCUCUUUCUUGGAGAUCUGGUACACAGCAACUAUUGUUCCAAAGUUGUUAACCAAUCUCUUAGUAAAGAACAACAAUAUAUCUUUUUCAGGGUGUAUGACUCAAUUAUUUUUCUUUGUUACAUUUGGGGCCUCUGAGUGCUACUUUCUAUUAGUCAUGGCAUAUGACCGCUACAUGGCCAUCUGCAAACCUCUGCAUUAUUCCUUGCUAAUGGACACCAAAACCUGUUUUCAGCUAGUCACUGGUUCUUGGACAACUGGAGUUCUGACCGGACUGAUUCCAGUUCUGCUUAUUUCACAGUUACAGUUCUGUCAGUCUCGACAAAUCAACCACUUUUUCUGUGAUAUUCCACCUUUGUUAGAGCUCUCUUGCAGUAACACUAAUAAUACAGAAAUCUCUAUCUUUAUUCUGUCUCUCCUGGUUCUGUUUGGCUCUUUAAUGCUAACACUAAUAUCCUAUGUUUUCAUUGUCAUUUCUAUAUUACGCAUUGCUUCAGCCAAUGGCAGGAAUAGAACAUUCUCCACCUGUGGAGCUCACCUUACUGUAGUAUUAAUCUAUUAUGGUACUAUGAUAUUUAUGUAUGUUCGCCCUCAUUCCAAUUACUCAUCUGAUUUAAAGAAAUGUGUAUCCAUUUUCUAUACUGUGGUCACUCCAGGUCUAAAUCCUAUUAUCUACAGUUUGAGAAACAAAGAAAUGAAAAUAUCAGUUAGAAGGGUGUUAAAGAGAUUCAUAUUAUCAUGA